AUAAUUAUUAUUUAUUUUUUUAAUAAAUAGCUGAUAUUCAUCAAAUGUUCAUUCAUUUUUAAAAGGCAGUCGAUAAACUACAAGCGUCAAAGUAUCUACCCGAAAUUGAAUGAUCAGAUUUUUGUUAGUGUCGUAACCUACCCAACUACAUUAUGAACGAAUUUGAUGAUGAAUUUAAAAAAAUUUAUGUUUUUAAAGCAAGUGGACAGUGUACAUUACCAAAAAAAAUAUUUGAGUCUCCGAAAUGGGAAAUUCGUGAACUGCAGUUGAAAAAGCAAGAACUCAACAAAGUCAAAAGCUCUCUCAGUAAAUACAAUCUCAAAGUUUGGAGAAAGCACACUGCUAACAGAGAUCGAGCUGGGUUUGUCAUGACACAUUUAUCAGAAAAUAUCAGACCAGAACUCUUGACACAGGCAUGGUGUAAAUUCUAUGAAAUUCUCAGCCAGUUUCCUGUAGUACCUUUAUGUGCCAUAAGUCAACACAAACUUGUCAGUCUACACUUAUGUGAAGCCCCUGGUGCAUUUGUGUGUGCUUUGAACCACUAUUUAACACUUAAUUAUCCAGGUUUGGAAUGGAGUUGGAAAGCGAGUACACUAAAUCCUAAUUAUGAAGGAAAUUCUUUGUCACAAAUGAUUCCCGAUGACCGUUUCAUCAAACAUACAAUUUCUAAGUGGAACUUUGGGGCAGAUUUUUCCGGAGAUAUUACAAAGUUUUAUAACCAUGAAGACUUUGUGCUUUUUUUCAGAAAGAAUAAUAUUAAGGUUUCCCUCGUCACGGCAGAUGGAAGUGUCGAUUGCAUGAACAAUCCUGGGGAACAGGAAAGACAGGUUGAACGGCUACAUUUUUGUGAAACAAUGACUGCCCUCUCUGUCCUUCAAAAAGGAGGAGCCUUUGUUUUGAAAAUAUUCACAAUAUUCGAAGAAACCACUAUCAACCUAUUAUUUUUACUGAACUGUCUAUUUGAAAAAGUGUCAGUUUUCAAACCUUGCUGUUCCAAAGGUGGCAACUCCGAAGUCUAUGUGGUCUCUACAAACUUCAAAGAAUGAAAUACCACAUCACUUUCUGGAGGAGAUAUUGACAUGUGCAGACCUGUUUAUGAAAAAACAAAUUAUGACCAUCUUGGACAAUAUUCA